AUGUACAGGAGUGAAGAGGCAAGCACAGAUGACGAGAGCGGGAUUAAGUUCACCUUCAAGGAAUCUGUUGACGACACACCCAGGCCAGGCAAGGGAUGGAGUGAAGAGGGCAUGCGGCUGGCGAAGUUCAGGGUCCAGAGUUUGGCAG